CACCAACUCUGUUCACCUGUCACUCGUUGUCAUCCAUCCUCCUCUACUGUCAAGAUGAAGACCGCUGCCUUCGCCGUCGCCCUCCUGGGCCUCCUCCCCUCCACCUUCGCCCAGACUCUGGCCGCCUCGCCCACCGAGUCCUACGGCUGCGAGCCUCACGGCGACCACUACCACUGCGAGGGCGCCCGCGCGACUCUCAGCACCGUCGUGACAUCUGCGGCCGCGGCUGCCACCACCGAGGCGCACGACCACGAUGAGGAUGACCAUGAUGAGGAUGAACACACCGACGCUUCCGGAACCGGAACGCUGGCUGCUUCUCCUACCGAGUCGUAUGGCUGUGAGCCCCAUGGUGACCACUACCACUGCGAGGGUGCUCGCGCUACUCUGAGCACCGUCGUCUCGCAGGCUGUUGCUGCCACCACCACUGAGGCUCACGACCACGAUGACCACGACGAUGAGACCGGCACCGGAUCUGCUGCUGCCAGCCCUACCGAGUCCUACGGGUGUGAGGCCCACGGCGACCACUGGCACUGCGACGGCGCCCGCGCCACCACUGGCGGAAGCGAUUCCACCCCCGCUGCCAGCGACUCUACUGCCGCUGCCAGUGACUCUACUCCCACCGCCAGCGGCAACGCUGUCACUGCCACUGGCGCCGCCGGUAUGGAAAUGGUGCCCAUUCUAGGCAUGGUUGCUGCUGCCGUCCUGGCUCUCUAAAC